AGGUAAUUUCUUGGAAAGUACUUUUGCACGUUGCUGCUGCAGCAUAGAUAGUAGAGGCUAGAGGAAGAUCUGAUGGUUGCAGUGAACUGAAAAGUGAUGUCUUCCAGAGCUCAAAUCAAGUUGAAUUCUGCCAAUAAUGGUGUGGGGAGAAGGGAUGGCCAAUGGCCACAGUGCCAGUAGAUCUACAGCUACAGUAACGUCUGGGUCUGGGACAGAUGCUCACCAAUGGAGCCAGUGGAGCUCUCUUUGGCUAUGCUGCUAAGAUCACUAAUGUGUACCUUCCUCAAGUGAUACGCAGUCAGAUGGUUUUCCAGGUCUUCACCAUGCUGAAGGUCUUCCUUGCCGCCACAGUGGGGGUGUCCUGGGAUGGUGUUCACUCAGGUUGGGAGUGGGAACAAGGGAGCAUUGUACACUCUACUGGGCUGCUUCAGCGGGGCCCUGAUAUAUGGAGUGCUGGAGCCAACAUUGAGAAAGUGGUUCACUAAACUGGUGGAACAGAAGCAGACCGUUUGGGUUGAUGAAAUGGCUGGAGUAUCCUACCUCGCAGCUGCCCUUCCCUUUGCCGUCGCUCUGGUUGGUGGACUGGUACUCACUGAGCUGUACGUACCCCCAAACAAACUGGCUUUGCCAGCGGUGUCUCAUCCAGUUAUUGGAGGUCUGAUAAUGGGCUCUCUGCAACUACUUAUUGGCUUUACAGUGGAGGACAGCCUUGGGGGGAGUAGCUCUUACUGCACCAUUCUCUCCAGAUUAGGUCUCUCUUCUCUCAUCCCUUACUUUGAGAACUUCCGCACUGGUUUUGCCAACUGGUGGCAGGUGAUCUACUGGCUUGGUGCUGUGAGUGCAGCUGCCCUGACCUCCUACGCCACUGGGACGUGGGCACGAGGGGACCCCAUCACUCCGGGUAUGGGCCUCAUUGGUGGGUUCAUGAUGGUGUUUGGAGCACGACUAGCCUCUGGAUGUACAAGUGGUCACGGUCUGUCUGGAAUGGCACUGCUGUCCUUCUCCUCUUUUGUUGCGGUGGCCGCCAUGUUUGCUGGAGGGAUUGGUCUGGAGAAUGCUGUUAGACUCUUGCAUAGCUAGAAUAAACUCAUGUCAUGUCCUGAAAACUGUCCUGUGAUCCCCAAUACCCAUUUUAUUUAUUUGUAUUCUGCUGUUGUAUCCAUGCAAUUCAGUGUGACUGUAAUUGAACAAUUCACAACAGUUUUUGUUCUG